AUGGACCCGCGAUUGCGAGCGGCUGCCCUCAAGCGUGACCUCGCGGCCCUUAAUCGCGCUCUGGCCGAGGGCGCUGACCCGAACGCCAUGGACGCUGACGGCUACACGCCUUUGAUCUUUGCGGUGUGCAACAAUAACACAGAUUGCGUCGCGAAAUUGAUCGAGGCCGGCGCGCACCCGGAUUGUUACACAGACAAGGGUCGAACGCCGCUAAACUCAGCCGCCUCGAGUGGGUACACAGAAACAAUUCGCGUGCUUUUGGCCAGCGGUGCUCAGGUUGAUUUUGUUCCACCAUAUGGGUAUGGGUCCCUUACACCGCUGCACUACGCAAUUGAUUUUGGGCACGCUCAAGCUGUCCGUGCGCUACUAGCGGCUGGCGCUGACGUAAACCGCCGCAGUGAAGACUUUUCGAAGCCUGUGUCGCCGCUCGUCAGAGCCAUCAGGUUCACCACUUGUCCACACCGAAGGAGGGGCGAAAACGCAGACCACUCCAUUAUUACGGUGCUCUUACGUGCUGGCGCGUCCAUCAACGAACCCGCAGUUACAGAGUUUUUUGAACUUUUGGACGAGACCAACGCCUUUAUCAGCCCUUCCGAAAGGAAAGUCAUUGAGUACGUGCAAGCCGUGCACACGGCCGGCGGCUUUCCUGCCUACGCGAGGGGACACCGCUCCAUGUUCGCGGCAAUUUUUAGCCGCGGUAGGCGCCUCCCUGCUGACGUUAUUCCGAAGAUCGUGGAAUACUGGGCCCAUCUCGGAUGCUACCAGUACCAAGUCCCCGGGACCGGCGGG